AUGGACCGGUAUCUCGAGCGUGUGCGCGGCAACAUCCGGUUUCCCAUCGAGGGGGCCAGGGCUCGCAUAAUAGAGCCAUUCAUCAAUCGAGCAUACGUCCCCGAGGGACUGAAUCCGGAUGGACGACCUUUCACCAAGAUGGAUGGGAUUGCGUUGAACAAGCUGGACGGCGUUACCGCGCUCAACAAGAUGGGGGUAAAUUGA